UUUGGUAUUUCGUUGAUGGGGAAUACAGGGCUUUUCGGAAUUGAUUUUCGCACCUCGUCACUUUAGGACUUUCUAAUCCGUUUCUUACAACUCAACUCAACUUUUACAAAUAUCAAUCUUUUCCUCACAAAUGGGAAAAGUUAAAAAAAGGAGACCUAUCACUCAACAACCAACUCGUGAAGGAUCAACUUUCAAACAUUCAAGUAUAGAAACGGCAAGAUUGAUUAGACGGUUUCAUGUUCUGAAUAAAGAGCUUGCGAAAUGUCGAAGUGACGACUCGGCUAUAAAUCGAGAGAAGGAACAAGAUAUACUGAAGGAAAUGGAGAAAAUGGGCGGCCUUGAUUGGUAUCAAAAAGCUUCUCAAUUGGGACAAAGUAAAUCUCGUGGUGGUGAUUCAUCGAAAUGGCUUAUACAAACUCUUCAGUCAUCGAUUUGUGAUUCUGAUCUUGAAAAAGCAGAUAAGCCUUUACGUAUCCUUGAAGUAGGUGCUGUUGCUCCAGAUAAUUAUAAACAACAUACUCGUUGGAUAAAGGUCCAUCCGAUCGAUCUCAAUCCUCAACAUGAAUCCAUUCAGAAGCAAGACUUUUUAACUAUGGACCCACCGACAACACCACAAUCGAAAUAUGAUAUUGUUUCUCUUUCACUUGUAGUCAAUUUUGUCGGUGAUCCGGAAGAGAGAGGUAAUUUGAAACACAAAUGGUUGCUAUAAAUUUGUGAUACUAACCUUUUACGUAAAGGGAAAAUGCUUAUGCAUACUCGUAAUUUCUUACCUGAUGUAUUCAUAAAAAACAGAUUACAUUAUCUUUUCGUUGUGCUUCCUUUACCCUGCAUUAAUAAUUCUAGAUAUAUGACUCAUAAACACUUUCUUUCCAUGAUGUCUUCCAUUGGUUACCGUUCUAUUCACCAUCAUUUCUCUUCCAAGCUCGCCUAUUUCCUCUUUCAGCUUGAGCGAAAUCCCGAUACGAAUCUAUCAUCUAUUUCUUGGAAGAAAAAGAUUCUUCCUGGUCAAGAAGGUGGAGGACGCAAUAAUUUUUGUAUUACAAUAUCUCGCAAUUCAUGAUACUCCCUUUAUAAUAUAUGUCCGGCUACAUAUGUGCUAAUCACACUUAAUUAAGGCAUUAUGACAAUGCUUAUUUCACUUUUCUUUUGAUCAUUGUAUCAAUAAAGAUCUUUUAUUAGUG